GCGCUUUCCUGCCCUGCAACCAUUUUCAUGUCAGCUUCUUGCUUCUCAGUCACGUUAUUUCGAUCCUUCUUCACAAUUCUAUUCUCUCUGUAUUCGGACCCUCCACUCUCUCUUUCUGAUCUCUCAUCCUCUCCUUCGUCUCCUGUGAAAUUCCUUUUCCCUGAAUCCCCAUUCUGAGGAGCAGAGAAAAUGUCUCACGGCGAUACCAUACCUCUGCACCAAUCGUCCCAGUCCGACAUUGAUGAGAUCGAGAACCUCAUUCGUGCUAGCGUCCAAUCGGGCCCCACCACUGUUCUACCUGCCAGACCUCCCAGUCCCCCUCGAGCUUCAAUUCCGGUAUCUUCCUCGCCUUAUAUGCCUGCUGCCAUUCCACCAGCGCCGAAAUCUUCCAACCAGAAGCCAUCGGCUCUUCCCACCCCUCCUCCUCUGAUUCCAACUUCGUCGUCUAGCAAUGGCCGUCCUAGUAUCGCGCCCAGUGGAUUCGGCAUCCCUCCUGACACGUUGACGGAGCCGGUCUUGGACACCGUUAAAAGGGAUCUGACGAGGAUUGUUAAUAAUCUGAAGCAGGUUGUGUUCCCUAACCCCUUCCGUGAGGAUCCAGGGAUGGCUCUGAGGGAUUGGGAUCUCUGGGGACCCUUCUUCUUUAUUGUUUUCCUCGGUCUGGUUCUUUCAUGGUCCGCAUCUGUUAAGAAGUCUGACGUCUUCGCUGUUGCAUUUGCGCUACUUGCUGCUGGUGCUGUAAUAUUGACACUGAAUGUCCUUCUUCUGGGUGGACAGAUCAUUUUCUUUCAGAGUCUGAGUCUUCUGGGGUAUUGCUUGUUCCCUCUGGACGUGGGUGCUUUAAUCUGCAUGUUGAACGGCAGCGUCACGAUAAAAAUAAUUGUGGUAUGCAUUACAUUGGGAUGGAGCUCCUGGGCUGCAUAUCCUUUCAUGAGUGCUGCCGUCAACCCAAGGAGAAAAGCUCUUGCCCUGUACCCACUUUUUCUCAUGUAUGUAUCUGUUGGUUUUCUCAUCAUUGCCAUUGAUUGAAAGCGUCCCUGCUCCUUGCUGGAUUCCAAUCUACCACGCAGAAACUUUUUGUCUAAAAGCACCCUGAUUUUUUUCAUUUUAACCCCCCUUUGUCCUUUUUUUUUUUUUUUGGUUUGGUCAGCUAAAAGUAUAGUUGUUGACAGUAAUAUAGUAUUCCUUCGAAAGUAUAGUGGUAUUCCUUUUU